CCUUCAUGGGCUUCAAGCAAGCGGCCGUGCUCGCACCUGUGUCCUUCUUUCUCGGUGUUCAACUCAUCUGCCUCAACGUAGAUCACCGAGUGUUGUGGAGUGAACUAACAGAGGAUGUGAUUCGUGACGGGUUUCAGUUCUACACAACGUUUUUCAAUGCGCCGCCAGCUAUAAAGGCGCUCCUCCACGGAUUGGUUGGGGUUGGGUUGAUUGGAUUGGUCGCAAAGCUUCACAAUUGGGAUGAGAGUGCGAUGUUUUUUGAUGGAACGAGUCUAGCGACGUAUGUAUUUGGAAUUGCGGUAUAUCUGACGGUGACGAUACCGUCACUGCGAACGAUAGUAACGCCGUUGGAGCAGGUCGAGAACAGAGGAGACCAGGUGGAUGCUAUGCGAGUUCUAUCUGCAGGAAAUAUCAUCAUCAUCAUAUGCCUGGGCCUCAUUCUCGCUCUACAGGCUGGACAGGAAUACGCUCGACGUAAAGAGACAGUAGCGUUAGAAAAAAAGGAACAGUGACCAUUGUACUUUUUUCUAAAUGGGACACGAGGAUCUGUGCUCUAGAAUUGGUGUAGGAGAGCCGAGCGCCGACGUUGUUCUACUGCAUUCCAAAUAGAAGCUUGAUCGAUCGUAGAUCGCCAUUCACA